UAACAUAUUUAGCUUGUUACUCGGUAUAAUGUCUGCAUUAAUUAGAAGAAUUAUUAGUACAACCAAAGCUCCUGCUGCUAUUGGGCCAUACAGUCAGGCGGUGGUUGUGGACCGGACCAUGUAUAUCUCAGGACAGCUCGGCAUGGACCCUGUGAGCGGCCAGCUGGUCGAAGGUGGUGUCCAAACUCAAACUAGGCAGGCUCUUGUCAACAUGGGAGAAAUACUUAAAGCUGCAGGAUGUGGUUAUGAAAAUGUUGUGAAAACCACUGUACUCUUGGCUGAUAUGAAUGAUUUCACAAAUGUCAAUGAUGUUUACAAGCAAUUCUUCAGCACCAACUUCCCUGCUCGAGCUGCUUACCAGGUUGCUGCUCUUCCCAGGGGAGGACUUGUUGAAAUUGAAGCCAUUGCUGUUUUGGGUCCCUUUACUGGUGCCUCAUAAUGUCCAUCAUUAAUUUCAUUGUAAUGUUGUUGUUUUCUUUUUCUUUCUUUCUUUUUUUUCAAAAUUGUCACUUUGAAAUGAAUGCCAUUUUCCAUAAAUUCUAUAUUUUAUUUGCAUUUUUUCAGUAAUACACUAUACUACACACACUGGAUAAUAAUGCCAACUGCUUUCUUUUUGUCUAAUUAACAAAAUAUUUAAAAGUCCACCAAUCCCAUUUCACUUAUACCAAGACAUGUUUUUAAAUAUCACUAAGCAUACAGUUAGUGUUAGUGAGUGGUAGUGUUAAGGUAGGAGACAUUUCCUUCAUUUGAAUGAGAAAUUAUUUUUAAUAGUGGUACUGAACAUAGUUUCUUCUUACCCUCUUUGCAUGUGCAAAGGGAAUUUGCUUAGUUAAGGAUUUACUGUGCAAAUACAUUACACUAUCCUUAACUUCUCUUGUAAAAACAUCUGGUGUAUUAACAAAAAUAGAGAUGAACCAAGUCAACACAUGUCAAAAGCUUUAUUUAAAAUUAUGUUAAGGAAUGAGAGGAAAGACAUAGAAUAGAAAUGUGAUCUAUUACAUAAG